AUGUUUAAGCUGGUGGUGUUGUCCGUAACCCUUGCCCUGACGUCGGCCACUGGGCUGGCUCCCCUCGGUCUCGGAUGGGGCGCUCCUUGGGGAGCUCCACUGGGUGCACACUUACGUGCAGCUCCCUUAGCCGCUGCGAUAGCUGCCCCAGCUUUGGUUGGACCGGCAGCGAUUGCCGCGCCCAUUGGUCUCGGCCACGGUGCGUACAACUACAGAGGGCCCCUCUCCCUGGCACCUGGUCAGCCUGCUAACAUCUUGGCUGCCGACGGAAGACCUUUGGAUACGCUCAGUGUUAACUUGGACCGUGCCGCUCACUACACCGCGAGGGCGCUCGAUGGCGGACAUCUUCUGAAGAAGAGAUCCAUUCUUGCACCGGCUGUGGCUUGGUCCCACGCUGCCCGUGUUGACUGGCCAGCUGCUCGUAUUGUUGGCCCUGCUGUCGCUCCUCUUGGCUUAGCCGCACCCAUUGCUCCCGUUGCCCCUUGGGGUUUAGGAGUCGCCGCACGUUGGGGACACGGUUGGUGA